ACGAAAUCUAGAAACCGAGCAGAACAUCAACUUGCAGCUCCUCAUGAAGCCGAACAUGCGUGCACUGGGCUUCUGCGGCGCCGACGACUCGGUCGAUCCGAAGCUUCUCCAGAUCAUCUCGACGCACUACCCAUGGGUGGAGUGGGGGGUCCUCUUUCGUCCAGACCUCGAAGGCACUCCGCGCUACGCGUCCUCUGCUUGGGUGUCGCGCCUGGCAUCCUUGCAGAACAACGCGACCACACUCCCACCUAUGAAGCUAGCUGCCCACUUGUGCGGUUCUCGAUGUCAAGAUAUCCUCUCUGGUGAUGCGCGCUUCGUCAAGGACCUGGUGAAGUUGGGAUUCCGACGGGUACAGGUCAACGCCACUGCAGCGAACCGCGUGGUUGUUGACCCAGAACACACAUCGACCUACGUCGAAAACAUCCUCGCGUGUAUUCGAAGCGUCCCCGACGUGGAAUGGAUCUUUCAAAGCAACCAAGAAACCAAGGCGUUGUUAGCCGGUCUGCUCGUCGCCGCGCCUUCGAACAUGAGCAUUCUCUUCGAUGCUUCGUGUGGUUUGGGUGUCCCCAUGACAGAGUUCCCCAAGCCGUUUGAUAGCAUCCCCUGUGGGUACGCCGGAGGCAUCUCCCCCGCGAACAUCGUGCAGAUGCUCGCGCGCAUCGGCGACGCGAGCGCCGGGCGGCCCGUGUGGAUCGACAUGGAGUCUAGCCUCCGCCGCUUCGUCCGCGGUCCCGACGGAGCGGAGACGGACUCGUUCAGCAUCGAUGUGUGCUUUGCGUGCAUCCAGGCUUCGCUGCCGACAUUUGAGGAGAAGCAAAGUUCGUAGUUUCUCCAGACUAACAGAAUAUACUUUUAACCAUACCGGUACUGAAGUAUCAACUGGAAAUAGUUCG